AGAGUCAGCCCAGGCAGGCGGAUCGCUGCUGCGGUCCCUCCCGGGAUGGCCAGAGCUCCGCCGGGCUCAGAGCAGCGCGGAGAUGCCGCUCCCGUCCCUCCGUGCUCUGCUCGGGCUCCUCCUGCUGCUCCCAGGUUCCACAGCUCCCACAAACUCCUCCACCCCUGCUGGAACAGGUCCAUCCCAACCAACAACAUCCAGCCCUGAAGCCAAGAGCCACAGCUCAGAGCCAUCAGUAAAGGCAACACCAGUGACCAACCUGAGCAUCACCUCUGUGGUUCAAACUACUACAGCCAAACCCUCCCCUACCACUACAGCAACUCUGACAGCAACCACUGAGAGAGAUGAUAAGUCCAGUGGAAACAGAAGCACGGCAGCUCCUUCUCCAGCAUCUCAAGGUCAGGAUCACAUGAGGAAUGAGAGCACCACAACAUCAGCGACUCAAGGUGCUUCCUCCUCACAGACAGGCACCUCAAAACCCAUCACCCCAGCACCCAACUCCUCCAGCCAACUGACCGAUCCCACCACCCCAACAGACGAGAAAUCACCGCUGACGGUGGCAGCUUUUGGUGUCAUCAGCUUUGUCGUUAUCCUGAUAGUGGUGGUCAUCAUCCUGGUCAGCGUGGUCAGCCUGAGGUUCAAGUGCAACCACUCCAAGGACUCUGAAGACAAACAGAAACCAGGAACCUCCAUGGUAUCAGAGAGCUGCUCAGCAGACACGAGCCAGAAGGGGAACAGCAUCACUCUGAUCUCCAUGAAGAACAUCAACACCAACAACAGCAUGAGCUACCCCCCAUCAGAAAAGGUGCUAUGAAGCCAAGAGUCCAGAGCUUGAAGCUGACACGUGACAACCAGCAGUGGCUUUCUAGGUUCUUUUUAUUUUUCCUUCGAGAAAAGAGCAAGGGUGGACUUUAUAUAUAAAUUAUUAUGUCCUUUCUGAUCAGUACAUUUACAGUAGUGUCCUACAUAGCUUCCCCACCUGGGGCCUAAGGGCUUUCUCCAGUUACAGCCUGCCACACUCGGUGGUUGAUAUCUAACUCUAUUUUUGAUAUGCCUUCAAACACUCAGAUAAUUCCAGCAGCAAGAAGCACCAAGGCACCAUCCACUCCACUAAUAAACCUCUGCCUUAGAUGAAUGGCCUUUAUAGUCUGUGCCAGGCAGUCACAGGCUCGUUAAUCAGCAUAGCCCCACGUGGAGCCAGACCCGUGCUUGGGAAAGCCUGAUCCGAAGCUGAAGGCCUGAUGGGACUGAAAUGCCCAAGUUCUGGGUCAAAUCCCAGCAUGACUGCUCCAAGCCCCUUAUCCCUGGUGCCCUCAUUGUCCCCACAGCAGUGGGAUGGUCACAUCACAUCCCCUACCUCACAGGGUUGUUGUGAGGCCUUGUUAAUCCCUGUCUGUAAAGCGUUUUGAAAGCCAUGAAUUAAAGGUGCUGCUGAAAUGCAAAUUGCCAUCUUAAACACUUUAUUAUUAUGAUUAUUACUCAUAACAACGGAGCUUCAGGAGGGCAGAUCAUUAUCUCCCCACGUGCUCAGCUGAAGUGUAAGGAACAAAGUCCCUGCAUAGAUCAGGGUUCAUCUCAGUGUAAAAUGAAUGGCCACAAGCAAAAUGCUGAGCUCCUUCAGCUCCUGGAGUG